CUGUAAACGAUAUUAGCCUCGUUUUAGCUCAGUGCCGGCUGUGCGAGCUAGCGCAUGAGCUUGUAAACAAAGGCCUCCCGGUCCAUGUGUGUUUCGUCUGCUGCCUUGGAUUCUGAGACGCAUUACCCCACAAAAUAUCACCAGCAUGGACCUAUCUGCAGUGAGUGAACAAAUUCAAGCUGAAGUACAAAUCAAGCAGUUCAGAGAUUUUUUGAUCCAGUACAACAAGCUUAGUGAAAGCUGCUUUACAGAUUGUGUGUGGGACUUCACUUCUCGGAAUAUUAGAGGCAAUGAGGAUUCUUGUGUGGUGAACUGUGUCGAAAAAUAUACAAAGGUAACGCAGCGCAUAUCAGAACGGUUUCAAGAAAUUCAAAUGCUAAGUAAUGAGAACGCAGUGGCUGCAGCUCAGAAGUUGGGAAAGAUGCCUGGUGCCUAGCGAGAGUGAGAUGAAGAUAUUUGGUCAGCUUGUACUGCUAUGAAAUGAAGAGAUAAAUUCAAUUAAUUUUGUUGUUUUGUUAACAUGAAGUAAUGGAUAGAGGUACUGUCAAGAACUUUGUAUGAAGUCAUGCACAUUCAUCUUAAGGCAUAUUUUAACUGCUUUAAAUGUAACAUACAUUUUAUAUCUCAUGUGUACAUUCCUGUGUAACAUAAAUACAUGUAUUAUAUGACUUGUGUAAUGGUUAGGAGGCUAAGUAGACAAGAUGUAUAGAAUAAUUGUAUAUUCUUGCUUAUUAAAAGUUAGUAAGCUUUGGAAAUAAAUGAAAUGAAACAUG